AUGUCAGUCUCACAUUCCCUAUCGAGUCUUGGUGAUUUGUUUACUGUUCCGAAUCUCGUCUCCAACUCUCCACCAAAACCUCGUGGUGCUUCUACUAAUAAUAAUAAUGGCUCAUCCUCAUCUUUAUCAACAACUAACCAUCAACAACAAAAUAAUUCAAAAUCGCCAUCAGUAGGAAAUAAUAACAAACCUUCCAACAAUAAUAAUAAUAAUCAAUUAGCAAAUGGUAAAAGCCAACCAACAAAUAAUAAUAAUCAAUUAAUAACACAGCAACAAACAAUUAAUAAUUCAAUAGUACCCGACAGUCAACAGGAAGAAGAAAUUAGUCCCAUUAUUACCUUUGGUAAAUCACCAUCAUUCCAAACACCAAAAAGAACAACAGUAGUACAAGAGGAGGAAGCCUUGACACCCGUUCAACAAGAAGAAGGAAAUAAUUCUGAUGUUUUUGAUGACUCGGAUGAUGAUGUGGUUUUUCUUGGUAGUCAACCACCUCCUUGCUUUACUAAUCCAUCACCAAAUAAUGGAAGAGCAAGUGAGCAGAACAGUGACAGCGACUCUGAUGAAGUUAGCCAAAUCACACUCACACCAGUCAAAACACAACGAAAGAGAAAAUUAACAGGAAGUGCACCAACUCCUUCACUUUAUUAUUCAUCUUCUGAUGAUGAUGAAGAAGUUUCUGAUUUGGAAAUGGAUUCAGUUCUUACAUUGAGAACCGAGGUAUCUUCUCAAACACCACCACCAAAAAAGGUUAAAAAAUCAAACAAGACACAACCUUUCAUAAGUGAUUCAAAGAAGAUUGUAAAGUUUGUUGAAAGAAUGAAAAAGAAGAAACGUCACAGCCAUCCAUCCAAAACAAAAUUAACUCCACCAAGUGCAUCACUACAACAUGCUUUGCACAUGCAAAAUCAACCAAUUCCAAUAGGUGCUCAUCCUCAUUCACUACCUCCACCAGAUCACUUCAGAGCACUCAGUUAUCCAUUCCAACAAUUUGGAGCUUCAGCUUCCACUGUUGGACCAUCUUUCAAUGAUUUUGCAAUCCAACAUUCCCAAAUGAUCCAACACACUAUCCAAAUGCCUCCAUCAAUGCCUCAACACCCUCAACACCCUCAACAUUUACACAAUAUGAUUCCACAUCCAACCAAUGAUCAAAUUCUUCCUCCACCAAUUCAAUCUCUACAACAUCAAAUUCAAGAACAACCUAUUAUCGAGUUUCCAAUUAGUUCUGUACCACCAAUUGAUCUUAAUAGUACAAGUCAUCAACAGAGUGUUCCUGAGGCAUCCAAUGGCCCUAGUGCCAGUACUGUUCCAGUCGAAACUAAUCACCCUCCUUCAGAUCCUUCUUCAUCCAAUGCAGGAAUUGUUAAAGGAGAAAAAAUGAGGGGAGUGUCAACCAAUGCUCUUGUUAAUCUUAUUAUGAAAUUUGGACCUUAUUGUGAUGAUCAGAGACUGUUAACAGCCAUUUUCAAGUCUUUGAAUGGUAUGUCAAUAGACGAGAUGUGUAAUGAAGAUGUUUGCGAACUUGUGCUUUUAAACACACCAAGAUCAGAAGGAAAGAGACUGGAGAAGGAAUGGAACAAGAAAUUGGCCCAAAAAAGAUUCGGUCCUACAUGGAAAAAUCUUGUUAAAGAUUAUCCCGAGUAA